AUGAUGAAGAACUGCACCCGAGUCACCCACUUCCUCCUGCUGGGGCUGGCAGAACAGGAUUGGCUUAAGGGCACCCUCUUUCUCCUCUUCCUGCUCAUCUACUUAGCUACCCUCACAGGCAACCUGGGCAUGAUCACCCUGAUCCACAGUAGCCCACAGUUCCACACACCCAUGUACUUCUUCCUGAGUGUCCUUUCCUUCAUAGACUCUUGUUUUUCUACAGUGAACACUCCUAGGCUGCUGGAAAGCUUCCUCACCUCUCGCCAGGCCAUCUCCUAUACAGGUUGUAUGGUCCAGAUGGCCCUCAUGACUCUGCAUGGUACUGCAGAGUGUCUGCUCCUAGCUGUCAUGGCCUAUGACCGAUUUGCCGCCAUCUGCCAUCCUCUCCUCUACCAUACCAUUAUGUCCCAGCCUGUGUGCGUCCUCCUGGUGGUGGCCACCUAUACUACUUCUGUUGCUAAUUCUGCUUUGUUGACCGGAUAUAUCUUCAAUUUGCCCUACUGUUGCCACAAUGUGAUUAAUCACUAUUUCUGUGAUAUCCCCCCUGUGCUCCAUCUUGCGGUCUCCUACAUCUACAUCCUGGUGACCAUCUGCAGAAUGCACUCCCUGGAGGCCCAGAGCAAGGCAUUCUCCACCUGUGCCUCCCACCUCACCAUUAUCUGUCUCUACUAUGCUACUGUCACCUUCAUGUAUGCUCAGCCGAGUUCUCGGAAUUCCAUGGAACAAAACAAGAUUGUGUCAGUCUUCUACACUGUGGUCAUCCCCAUGCUGAAUCCUCUGAUUUACAGCCUGCGGAAUAAAGAUGUGAAAGCUGCUAUACAGAGGCAAUGCCUUGGCAAGCUGCCUGCCUGGCUGUCACAUUCCACGUCAUAA